UGCACUAGGCUAAGUCUCAGAUGAUUUCACCAGCACAAGAACUUGCUGCCCUCUACAACUUGAACUUCUCUGACUUCCAAAGAGUCACAACAUAUGAAUUUCAACAUGGGGAUUCUGAGCCAGUCAAUCUUUCACCUCCUCUGGGCUGCUUUGGUCAUUUGUCAGUAUGAAGAUUAUGAUUUUGAGGACGAGUAUGAGGAGCCAGACCAUCAAACUCCGUAUUAUUUGAACCCGAACGCACAAGCUGAAGUCCCUCCCUUUCCUUUCCCAGUCGAGUGUGCCAGGGAGUGUUUCUGCCCACCAGCCUUCCCCUUGUCCAUGUACUGUGACCAUCGGAAGCUGAAGGCGAUACCGAACAUCCCCAGUCACGCCCAACAACUCUACCUGCAGAACAACGACAUCGAAGCUGUGCCCGCAGCACCCUUCACCAACGUCACCUUUGUGAGGGAAAUCAACCUCAGCUACAACAAAAUUAAAUUCCAUACCAUUGACCAGGGAGUUUUUGCCAAACUCUCGAGCUUGGUGCAACUUCAUUUGCAACACAACGAAUUAGAGGAGUUCCCAGUCCCACUGCCCAGCUCUCUGGAGAGACUCCUCCUUGGCUUCAAUAAGAUCUCCCGGAUACCUGGGGAUGCACUGGAAGGAUUACCCAACAUCACCGUGCUGGACCUCUGCAGUAACUUGCUUGAUGACUCGGUGCUCAAAGACAGACCCUUUUCCAACAUGAGAAAUCUGAUGCAGCUCAACUUAUGCAACAACAAGUUACAGACUAUGCCUCCUGAUCUGCCGUCAUCGCUGAUGCACCUCUCUCUUGAAAAUAACUCCAUUUCUCACAUUCCAGAAAACUACUUCCACAGACUCCCCAGAAUCAUUGCUCUGAGAAUGUCCCACAAUAACCUGCAGAACAUUCCACACAACACCUUUAACCUGCCCAACCUCCUGGAGCUUAACCUGGGGCACAACAAACUGAAACAAGUAUUCUACAUUCCAAGAAGUUUGCAGCACCUGUAUAUUGAAGGCAACGAAAUUGAAAACAUAAACGUUACUCUGAUGUGCCCAACUCUGGACCCACUGAACAUCCACCAGCUGACUUACAUCCGCGUGGACCAGAACAAGCUGACGAGCCCCAUCAGCAGCUACGCCUUCUUCUGCUUCCCCCUCAUCAGAACCAUCUACUAUGGAGAACAAAAUGUGACUGUCAGCAAGCCAUCCUCGCUCAGAACUCCAGUGUUCCGGCGGUUCUUGACACCAGAGGAAUACCAGGAAGCAGAAGACAAUCACGAGACGCACAAUCAGGACACCGAGGAAGAUCAGGAAGCAGAAGACAACUACUUCCAUCCUUACUUUCACUGAAGGAAUUGUUAAUGAGUGUACAGGGACAGUUUUCCUUAGUUGGGGGUCAUUCACAGCCAUUCUGGAACAACUGGAUAGUCUGGGAUGUUGAAGACUCGUUUGUGGAGAUCAGAUUUUAGUGUAGGGAAAUGUCCUCUUAUUGGUGGGGUCAAAACCUUAACGGCAGGAACAAAGAGCACUCACCUGAGCAUCAGUCAAAGUCUGAUACACACUUGGGUUGAUGGUGGGAAGAAAACUGCCUAAGCUGAAGAAAACUGACGUGAGAAAGCUUCUGUGUUCUAAAGGGAUCCAACUGCAAAAUGCCUGAACCACAAAUGAAUGUCACACUCCAUAGGAACAAAGAGUUAAGGGCAAAAAUCCUCCCAGCUCUGCAUCCUGCUGCUGACAGCAGAGCAAAACAGACACACCAGAGAGCAGCACAGGAGGGUAAGGUCACAGAAAUACUUCCACAAGGUUCCUCUCC